CUUUAUUCUUGUAAAGUUAUGGCUUUAUUCUCGUAAUAUUGUGACUUUAUUCUGGAAAAUCUCAGAUUUUUUUCCCCUAAAUGUGGCCCUAAUACUAGUGGUACAUUUGCACUUUGGCCCUCACCGCAUUAGACUUAUACACUACAUACUUAGACUAUAACAUGUGUUACCUUCAUCACAAUGCUCAAAUGUUUUGUGGCUCCAGACAGAUGUUUUUUUUCUUUCUUUGCCUAGAAUGUCUCUUUAGAUAGUAAAGGUUGCUGACCCCUGGUAUAUAGACUGCUGUGUGAGCAACAGGACCUAAUAGAGCUGUAGUAGUGCGUGUGUGCCUUUUGGUCCCUCUUGGCUCGCCGUACAUGACGUAGGAAGUGGACGGGGCAUGUGGUCUGGCUUCCUUAGCUACUCCUGAAAGUUUGCGGAAGUUUGUUUUUCCAGCUAAAGUUGAAGUCAUCUGUCAAGAGGAUACAGUCAGACAGUCAGACACGUGAUUUUCUCUGUUGUACCUUCAAUAAAUGGACCUCCGUUCAGAGAAAGUACAGCGGAUCCUCUCCAAGUACAAAUUCCACGAUGUUGCUGUUGAGGAGCUGGAGAAGAUCCAUCGAAUCUACCCUGAGAUGAAACCAUUCACAGGCACAUACACAUUUAGUGACAGCACCCAAAAAGAUCUCCUGAAAUUAAUUGGUAACAUCCCUGUCAAGUAUGGAGGCCACACCUACAACUUCCCCGUUCAGCUGUGGCUGAUGGACUCCUUCCCCUUCACUCCUCCCAUAUGCCUCCUGAGACCGACCCCUAACAUGGUCAUCAGAGAGGGCAAGCAUGUGGAUGCAGGCGGACGGUUACACCUGCCGGGGCUGCACAACUGGGAUUAUCCUAAGUCAUCCGUGGUGGUUCUUCUGAAGGAGAUGACAGCCAAGUUUGAGGAGGAUCCUCCACUGUCCGCAAAGACCACAGGAGACAAUAAAGACCCCAAUGAGCUCCUGACUUUUGUUUCUAAUCUACAGAUCAAUGACGGCGGAAGCAGACAUGAUCAACCGAGUAACAAAGUCUCAGUUAUCGGGGGAGGAGAUUUAGGAAUGGCAACAGUGAUGAGCAUUUUAUCAAAGUGUAAAGUGGACAAACUUGUUUUCAUUGACGUCGCUGAAAGCUCCACCAAGGGCGGCAGUACGGAUCUAGAGAUUUUCAGUCUGCCCGGGGUUGAAGUAUCCAGAGAUUUGUCAGCUUCCGCGGACUCCAGGGUCGUCGUGGUGACCGCGAAUGCGUGGAGCGGCGAGCAGUCGUACGUGAGCGUGGUUCAGACUAACGUGGACCUGUACAGAGGAUUCAUCCCGAAUCUGGCACAUCUCAGCCCCAACGCAGUAAUGCUCAUCGCUUCACAACCAGUUGACGUCAUGACCCAUGUCGCCUGGAGGCAGAGCUGCCUGCCUCCGACACGUGUGAUCGGAGCAGGGUGUAACCUGGACUCAGAGCGACUCAGUCACAUCCUGGAUAUUAACCUGAACACACACAAACCAGCCUGGGUCAUAGGAGAACUUUCAGACAGCAAAGUCGCUGUGAUGAGCAGCACUGGGCUGAGCUCCGGUGUGCAGUCGGAGAUCGCUGCAGAAUCCAGUUCCACCAAACCAUUGUUAGACAGAGCGUUUGAGAUGAUGAAGAAUCGAGGCCAGCGGUCGUGGUCUGUGGGUCUGUCCAUCGCCGACAUCACAAACAGUAUCCUGACCGAUAAGAUGAAGACCCACUCUGUCUCCACACUGGCUCAGGGCUGGGGCGGCAUAGGUGCAGAGGUGUUCCUCAGCUUGCCGUGCAUCAUGGGAUCAAACGGUUCCACGCGCCUGGCCGGAGUGUCACUGGGAAAGGAAGAAGACUCCAAACUGAGGGAAAGUGUCACCUCCCUUUCUAACCUCAUGGGUCAGCUUAAGAUGUAAUUGUACUGUUGUCCCAGUUUUGUUUUUUGGGAUUUUGAAGUUAUGACCAAAUUUGCCGUCUUAAAUAUGUAUAGUUUAAACAUCAGAUUUGUUUCUAUAUUCUCGUUGGAAUACUGUAUAUUAAAUGUGGGUAAAAUAUCUGAAAUAUCAAUGUACAGAUUGCAUUUUGUAUUUAAUUUUACUAGGACUGAGGUUACUCACUGUGUCUCAUACAACAUUUGCAAUUUGGAAAACAUGUUACAUGAAUGCACUGUGAUAUUUUUGGAAAGCCAUGAAAUUUUAUGCAAAAUGCACUAUAUUUCUGUCAGUAAUUUGAAUUUGGCUUAGACUACUUUUACCAAAGAUAAUGUAAUUAUCUUUAUUUUUGUACUAACCCAUUCCUUUGGAGAAAAUCAGGGUGUUUGGCAGAUUGAGUGUGAGACAUGUAUAUUAUAUUCAGUACAGGUACUGGUGUUGACUCAAUAGAUUGCCUCGAUGAUGAAGUGCAGCUUUUAUAUUUUAAUGGUCUUGUUUGUGCUGUUUCUGUAUUUAAUGCAAUAAGCUUUUCAAAUGCCUUUAUAUUUAAAUCGCACUUUGCUCCUACUUUUGUAUAAAAUACUUUGAACGGCUCGAACCUACAAUAUGUACUGUAAGGCGACACUAUUUUGUGGGUGUGCAAUAAAUAUCUGAAACCGAA